CCAGCAUGCUUUUCUGCUUGCUGAUUUAUUUAAACCGAGGAGAGGGAACUAGUUGUAGUUUUUAACAUGAGUGUUACUUAAUUGGUGUUGGUUUGCUACUGUGCUGGUAAGGCUCCCUUUUACUUACGGAAAAGAGCUUGGCUUCCCACCCCAUCUUCACAAUGGUUCAUUUCUGGCUCCACUGAUCCAGCACAAUGAUCUGGAUCCUUCAGGUCUUGUUCUCACCGCUCCCAACACCAGCAUUGAUUAGUCUUAUUGUAUUUGGAGCUGGCAUCUUCCUGUGGGUGAUAAGCAGGCCAAAACCUGUUUUGCCUCCUGUUGACUUGAACAAGCAGUCAAUAGGAAUUGAGGGAGGAGCCAGAAGAGGGGCACUCUUGACAGAUAAUAACUUGCUUUCUUACUACUUUGAAGAUGGUAAAACCUUGUAUGAAGUUUUCCAGAGAGGACUGCAUGCUUCUGGCAAUGGCAGCUGUUUAGGCUACAGAAAACCCAACCAACCUUAUCAGUGGCUGACAUAUAAACAGGUUUUGGACAGAGCUCAAUACCUGGGAUCAGGGCUUCUGCAAAAAGGAUGCAAACCAUCAUCAGACCAGUUUAUUGGCAUUUUUGCUCAGAAUAGGCCAGAGUGGAUUAUUUCAGAGUAUGCCUGCUACACUUACUCAAUGGUUGCUGUUCCACUCUAUGACACUCUGGGGCCAGAGGCCAUUGUAUAUAUUGUUAACAAAGCUGACAUAAGCAUAGUGAUCUGUGACAAGCCCGAGAAGGCACAGGUCUUGCUUGAGAACUGUGAGCAAGAGAAGACCCCAUGUCUGAAGUCUAUCAUUCUCAUGGAUCUCUUUGAUAAAGAGCUCAAGGACAGAGGAGCUAAAGUGGGGAUUGAAAUUCUAGCACUGCAGGAGGUUGAGGAGCUGGGAAGAAACAACAUCAGAGAACCAGUUCCUCCUAAGCCUGAAGAUCUUUGCAUUGUGUGUUUUACCAGUGGAACCACAGGUAACCCUAAAGGAGCCAUGCUGACACAUCAAAAUGUUGUUGCAAAUGCUGCUGCCUUCCUUAGAAGCACAGAGAACACAGUUGAGUGUACAAGUUCAGAUAUCACCAUAUCCUAUCUUCCCUUGGCUCACAUGUUUGAGAGAGUUGUACAGACUGUGGUCUACAGCUGUGGAGCAAAAGUAGGCUUCUUCCAAGGAGACAUCAAGUUGCUAACAGAUGACAUGAAAACCUUGAAGCCAACGCUAUUUCCAGUUGUACCAAGACUGCUCAAUAGAAUAUAUGACAAGAUACAAAGUGGUGCAAAUAGCCCAGUGAAACGUUGCCUGUUAAACUUUGCUGUGACUAUGAAAAUGGCUGAAAUAAAACAGGGCAUAAUUCGAAAUGACAGCAUUUGGGAUCAGCUGAUAUUCAAAAAAGUUCAGGAAACCAUGGGUGGAAGAGUGCGUAUAAUGGUAACAGGUGCAGCCCCUAUAUCUCCCUCUGUCCUGACAUUUCUUAGAGCAGCACUAGGCUGUCAGAUCUUUGAAGCUUAUGGCCAGACUGAAUGCUCAGCUGGAUGCACUUUUUCAAUGCCUGGAGACUGGACAACAG